UUGCAGCAGCCGGCAACUAGCUUUGAGAGAAAGUCAGCGCCCUCUCUCUCCUCCUCCAUAGCCCAAGAACUUGAGAAGCUAGCCGGGCUAAUGGAGGGCGAUCUUGGGUGGUGCAGCAGCAGCGGCGGCGGCAGCAGCAACAACUGGGACCUGCACGCCGUCGUGCGCUUCGCUUCUGGCCGCGUCACCCCGUCGCCGCCCUCAGACGACUCCUUCUCCUGUCUUCCCCCGCCGCAGCCGCAGAUGGACGAGUCAAUCGACGCUGCCGCUUGGCAGACGCUCCCUGCCGAGCCAGGCGUCGACGACCUCUGCCAGGCCUUGUUCACAGCGCCGAAGCCUGAGACGCCGCAGCCAUCGUCGACACAAAACGAAGAGCUGCCCCAACGGCAGGCCGACGAGCCACCGGCCAAGCCACGAACUUCCGGUAGCGGUGGCGGCGGCGGGCCGACUCGAUCCAAGAGAAAGAGCAAGAAGAGCCAGGUGAACAAGGAGGUGACACGGGUGCCGGCGGGCGUGCCGUCGCAGGACCUGUGGGCGUGGCGCAAGUACGGGCAGAAGCCGAUCAAGGGGUCGCCUUACCCGCGCGGCUACUACCGGUGCAGCACGGACAAGGAUUGCAAGGCACGGAAGCAGGUGGAGCGCUGCCGCACCGACCCGACCACCCUCAUCGUCACCUACACUGGCGGCGAACACAGCCACCCCAUCCCGCUCCACCGCAACUCCCUUGCCGGCACCACGCGCAACAAGCCGCAGCCGCCGUCCCACUCCCAGGCCGAGGAGCUUCCGCAGCCGCAGGCUGCGCCGUCCGCGUCUGCCGGGCUGUCGCCGGCCAAGACCAUGCAGCAGGGCUCGCCGUCCGAGUCCGCUUCAGCCGGGAUGACGCCCACCACUCCGCUGCGUUCGCCGUCCGUCGAGUACGAGGACGAUGAGGACGCCGCCGAUGCCGUCAGGCUGCUCCUCGAGGACUCGGAGAUAGCAGCCGCGGACGACACCCUGCUAUUCCUCAAGUCCGAUGACCCCGCUCCGGGUCCGGUCGGCGGGGGCUGCGAUGACGUCAUGCUGUUCCCGAAGACCGACGAGCCUGUUCCGGCUCUGGUCAACGGCGGCGGCUGCGAGGACGCCAUGCCAUUCCCCAAGCCCGACGAGCCACCACCACACACGACGAGCAGCAGCAGAACGGACAGUGGCGCCGGGGCGGCCUCGGUCAUGAACAUCCUCGAGAAGUUCUCGGUCUCGAGCCUCUCGGCGUGGGAGGCAACGGAUGCGGAGAGCAGCUGGUACUGCUGACUUGUGCAUACAUCUCCACCGCCAUGCACAGUAUGCUCUUAAUCUUGGCUUGUCGCAGCAGAACCUUGCAGUGUUCUCAGCAGUAGCACUAGUGUUACUUAGGGAGAUGUAAUCAAGUGCUAAUUGACUAGUCUGUGAUCUGUGUUAGCUCAGAGCAUAAUGUACAAUUUAUGAAACUAAAACAAUAAAACAUCUCUUUUUUUAGUUUCACACAUAAUGAAUUUGUUUUGAUUUUUGUACAUAGAUGUAUAAUCAUGUCAUGAUUAAUAAAUCACUAAUCUUACGAAUUUAUAAAAUAGAUAAGAGAUAUCUCAAGUAGAUGAAUCAAAGGAACGUACAAAUACAUUUUUCGAUAGGUUUAAACCUCCUUUAAAAUAAUAAUUCUAAACCAUAUUUGUCUUGUAUUGAUCUGAGUAUGUUACAAUGGGAUGUGUGACUAGUCUAGCUAGAUAGUUUUAACCUAGUCGAACGGCUUCUAAUAACUUGCUGCCUCUCUCUUCUUAUUUAUUCUCCAUCGGGUCCCUAUACUCCAUAUAUAUAUGGGCAUCAUACGCCAUUUAGAGUCUUCCUUUCCGUUCUUGAAAAUAAACUUUGUUAUUUACGGAAUAUCCUGGGUUCUUACAGGUAGUUUUAUUUUAUCCAGGAAUCACCUUCUCAAAGAUAGAGAUAUAUUUCAAGAAUUACGGGAAACUCUAGGGUGCCUGGAUAUGAUCAGUGAUGGACCUACAUUGGUGCAUGGGUAUGCAGUUGCAUACCCAAAUUUUUUGGGAAAAAAUCGAUUAUAUGUAGCAUAUAUUAGACGGCAAAAUCUUCCGUGCAAACGAUGUCCUCAGUGCAAUCGUGCAAACGUUCGAUUUCGACUGUC